AAAUAUUUGAGUAUUCAAUCACACACAAAUCGAUUUCUAUUUUUAAUUAUUAAUUAAAGAUCGUGAAGGUAAAUCGUAACAAUAAUAGCACACAAAGAUGCUAUUCAAUGGGUUUAAUCGUUUAUUUAUUUAGUCAGAUCGCGUUACACGAGUUCUUUUUUUAUAUAUCGUAUACAAUUGAACGUACAACAAGUCGUUAUUCUUAUUACGACUUUCCUCGACGAUGUAUCGUCACAUUCGAACACGUUAUUUCAUUAGAUUUCUCGAUUUUCAAAAACAAAAAAAGAAGAAAAGUGUAUUCGAUCGAUCGAGCAUCAAAAAAGUAUAACAAUUAUUUGUCGAUAAAAACAAGUAAGUAAUAAUAUUUCGUCGUUAUGUGUGUAUGUGUGAUAGUUGAUAUCAAACAUCGAUCGAUCGUACGGUAAACAAGAACACGGUCGCAAGAAACAUUGGUUCCCACGAAAGGCGAAUGGAGACUAAGAGGAAAGGGUUCAACGAUCUUGCUUGACAUAAAGAGAGUAAGAAAAUAAAUCAAAACGAAAGGAGAAAGAAAGAGAGAGAGAGAGAGGAACUCGAGUGUGUGUAAAAGUAAAAGAAAAAAGUGGCGAAUCAAAAGAAAAAUUGUCUAUCUCUUCCCUUAUACGCACACGCACGCGGCAGCUUCCAAAUUGGAUAGUAGAAAUAAAUAAAUUAGAGAGAGAGAGAACAAGAAAGAAAGAAAAAAAAAAAGUUAACGAGUACGUUAUCGGUAAAACACUCGACUCAACCCUCCAGAUCUUUCUCUAGAGGGCUAAUUUUAAGAAAAGAUCCUUGAGAAGUAAGCCUAAGAGCCGAGGUAUCCUCGUGAAAUGAUCAGUCAUGGGUUUGGUUAGAAGAACAACGAUUCCCAACGUUAUUUUUCUCCCACUUCUUGUUCUUACAUUUUUAGGACAAUUGACAGUACCUGGUAUCUGUCGUAUUAUUGUCCCAACGAGUGAUAAUCCUUCAUCGUUUAUCCGUACAACCAAAGCCGUGAAAUUGUCAUCGGGUAAUAUGGAAAUAAUCGAUGAGAUACAAUGUUCCGAUCGUGUGUUACGUUUAACGUGCAGAUCAUUAAGAGCUUUCAUAUUUGUAUUGAAAGCGGAGUAUCAACCAAAUCGUACGGAAAUUUGCGGACACGAGAGUCAAAUGUUAAUUUCUAAAAAGAAGAAAUUCAAAUUGGGAGGCAUUGGUUCACGCGUCAAAGACACCAGCAGGCAAUUACGUGGAAAUUAUAUCAAAGACGAGGAGGAAGACGAACGUAAUCUUUACGACGUUAGGGCUUCCUUCAACAGAAAAUGUUCCGGUCAACAUCAUUGUCGAUACAAUUUGAGCAACGACCACCCAGGAACGACUUAUUGGCAUCCCGCUGCUUUAAGAUUAAAAUACGCUUGCGUUCCUGAGAUAGCGGUUUGUAAAUAUUGUAACGUUGAAGUAAAAAUACCCAAAGGGGAGGAGGGAGGUUAUUUAAAGUCUCCAGGAUAUCCACUGUAUUAUUCAGGAGGUUAUUCCUGUGGUUGGACAUUUAAAUCGUCACCGGGUGAAAGGAUAGUCCUUACUUUUCACGACCUAAAUAUUCGCAGCCCAGAGUCGGAUGGAAGUUGUGUAGACGUAGUUAGAAUUCGAGAAAAAGGAAAUACUUUGUUCGAACGUUGUGGUAUCGCCGCUGGUAUUACAAUAAUCUCUAAUUCGAACCUGGUGACCCUUGACCUGAUAACCUCGACGAGACUUUAUCCUGCACGAGGAUUCCUUCUGCAAUAUCAAGUUUUACGCUGUCCAAACGUUUCAGCACCAAACGGAAGUUAUAUAUCGAAUGAUACAGUGACGUCAAGAACGUUCUCGUGUAAAUCCGGCACCGUGUUUUACGACACGAGGAAAGAGAAUAGAAUACUUGAGUGUAAGAACGGAAAAUGGAACGAGAGCAUCGAUAAGUUGCCUACUUGUGUGGCUACGUCAGCAGUGAUUCUCAAAACAGAGAACGAGCAUCAUCAUUUGUCGAGUCUUUCGGGUGACAACGUUCUUGGUGCAGGGGUGAGAAUCGGUAGGGGAGAAGGCGCAAUCGCAAACGAAAACGGCCAAAUUAUGGAUUCGGCGCAAUCUGCGAUGAUGAAGCAAGCGGACUACGUCGUAGAUGUUGUACUUCCAACCGUCCUGAUCGCUUUAUUGUUCGUUGGAAAUGCCAUCAUUGUCUAUAUUAUAUUCCAGUAUAGAAAGAGAAAAGUUCCAACGACAGCACAAGGAGAAGAGAUGGCCCUAAGAAAUACAGCGGAUGUUCCACAAGUGUGAUUCCAAAGGAAGAAGACUAAUUACUUUUAAUGUCAAUUGUCGUUUAAGCAGAAAGUUAAUCAAAGGCCUAGUUCGUAUAUAUAUAUAUAUAUAUAUAUGUAUAUAUAUACACUUCGGAAGAAUAAGAGACGUCAUUUAAUAAAAUGAAACGUUCAUUCUUUAUAUCUACGCAGAUGCGAAGAUGGUAUACGCCAUGGGAAACAUAAUACAUAUAAAUCCUUUCAAGAAUUCUAUUUAAAAAGAAUAAGAAAUAAGAACAAAAAAGAUAAAAAAAUAAAUUAAUUAAUUAAUUAUUAAAAAUUACUAAUAAAUUUAACAUUGCGUACACAUAUACCAUAAACGAAUAUGAUGUACUGCUGCCAUGACAUUGCGUAUACUUUUAACGAUAGUGCAUUAUAAUGUAAGGAAAUAAUAUAUUCUAUAUUUCGUCCAAAUUGUGAAUAACUUAUAAAUAAAACAGAUUUUUUCUUAAAUAGAUUAGGCUACUCUGAUAAAGGAAGAAAAAGAAAGAAAAGUAAUUAAUUUCUAUUAUAGUUUUAUCGUUUGUCUAUCUUCUGAUAUUCUUAAAUCAAAUUACGAAAAAUUUAUAAUAGAUUAAAAGAUGCUUUAUUCAAAUUCUUUUUUUCUUCAUACAUAAUCAUAUAUUCGUACAUAUCAUUUUUUUCUUAAUAUAUAUCAUACAUUUGUACACAUCUCUUUUUUGUUUAUUUUCAUACAUAAUUUUUAUAUAUAAGCACGAUAAAGUUUAUUUCAACGAAUUUGUCUUAAAAGAAUGGUGUAUUAAAUCAAUGAUAAAUUAAUUACAA